CUGGCAGCCAUCAUGAAGGGUACAGUCUCGAUCUGCUGUCUCCUCUCCCUGCUGCUUUUGCAGGCCGCAGCAGAAGAAGAAGAAGAUGUCAGCUCUGUCCUCAGAGACAGGUCUCACAUCGAUGAGACGUUGCGGCUUGCAACUGAGGAAAAAGCAAAAGACUAUGCAGCGGCUCUGGAGAGGUUGCGGAAGAUCUACCACACAUCCAUCAAGCCGAUGGAGCAGGCCUACAAGUACAAUGAGCUGAGGCAGCACGAGAUCUCAGCCUACCCCGGACGAUCCCUGGGUGAUUCAGCCACAGAUGGAGAGAUUACCUCUAAACCCAUGGUGCUCUUCCUGGGACCCUGGAGUGUUGGCAAGUCCUCCAUGAUCAAUUACCUCCUGGGCCUGAAAGACAGCCCCUAUCAGCUCUACACGGGAGCCGAGCCCACUACCUCCGAGUUCACUGUCAUUAUGCACGGGGAGAAGAUCCGCUCUGUUGAGGGUAUCGUCAUGGCAGCCGACAGCUCUCGCUCUUUCUCGCCCCUGGAGAAGUUCGGCCAAACCUUCCUAGAAAAGCUGAUCGGUAUCGAGAUGCCCCACAAGCUGCUGGAGCGCGUGACCUUCGUGGACACGCCAGGAAUCAUUGAGAACCGCAAGCAGCAGGAGAGAGGCUACCCUUUCAAUGAUGUUUGCCAGUGGUUUAUUGACCGCGCCGACCUGAUCUUUGUGGUGUUUGACCCCACCAAGCUGGAUGUUGGCCUGGAGCUGGAGAUGCUCUUCCGGCAGUUGAAGGGUCGCGAGUCCCAGAUCCGCAUCAUCCUAAACAAGGCUGACAACCUGGCAACCCAGGACUUAAUGAGAGUCUAUGGAGCACUCUUUUGGAGCUUGGCUCCCCUCAUCAACGUGACCGAACCCCCCCGUGUCUAUGUCAGCUCCUUUUGGCCAUACGACUACGCACCUGACACCAGUCGCGAGCUCUUCAAGCGAGAGGAAAUCUCCCUCCUGGAAGAUUUAAACCAGGUGAUUGAAAACCGCAUCGAGAACAAGAUUGCUUUCAUCCGCCAGCAUGGCAUCCGCGUGCGCAUCCAUGGCCUGCUGGUGGACCGCUAUGUCCAGACCUUUAAAGAGAAGAUGAGCUUCUUCAGCGACCCUGAACUGGUGUUCAAGGAGAUUGUGGACGACCCAGACAAGUUCUACAUCUUCAAAUCCAUUCUAGCCAAGACCAACGUCAGCAAGUUUGACCUGCCCAACCGCGACGCUUACCGUGACUUCUUUGGCGUCAACCCAGUCACCAACUUCAAAGCCAUGUCUGCCCAGUGCUCCUACAUAGGAGGCUGUCUGCUGGAUAAGAUCGAGAGGGCAAUCACCAACGAACUGCCCGCUCUUCUGAGCAGCAUUAACUCUGGCAAACAGCCUGGUCUCUCCUCCUGCGAGGCAACCGGCUGUGGUGAGAAGCCAAAGAACCGCUACCGGAAGAACUGAGGAACGCAAAAUAACUUGAGUGGGGGAAGUAAGGGGAAAGAGGAGGUGAAGAGAAGGGGUCUGGUGGAAGCCAACCUUACUGUUGUCAGAAUGCCUGUAUUGUUGAGGAGACAGAGGAGUGGGGAUUAGUGUUUGUUGUUUUUUCCUCAGGAGAAUAUGGCGAGGUGCAUUUAGGACCUGUGGGUACGAGGCAGAUAGUGGGAGGGAAGAGUGAUUGUCUGAUAAGGCAGCUUAAGGACACAAGUGCUGAAGAUAUGAUCUCAGAGUUUUGUUGAAACACACGCCCUCCUCUCUCCCUUGCACAAUCACAGAGGACUGCUGGGGAUUUGGGUGUUUAGGAAGCAAUGAUAUGAAGAAAAACAGAAAAAUGGAACAAAAAAUAAGUACCAUCAAAUAAAAAUUGAAAAUCCUGAGACUUAAAAAGUCAAAUACCAGCUCCCUUGUAUGUGAAUUAAAAUGGGAAAAGUGGAAGCAGGAGUUGCCAAUUUGUGUUGUAAAAUCUUGAGAAUUGCAUUGCAGGAGGUCAAUUCCAUAUGCUUCAGAAGUUGUUUUUGAAGAAGCCUUUUUGUGGGUGCUAUAGAAAAGCCUUUUGUGUUUGGGUGGUCAUCCAAACUUUUGACAUAGAAUAACAUUAACAAUGCAUGUUAGACAUCAUUUCUUAUUUAACAGAAGCAUGUGUUUUCCUUCUAACAAGCUCACGUAAUAGUUUCUCUUGAUGCUGACACCUGAACCAGCCCUGUCAUGCAACAAAUAAAGCCUUUUUUUUUCUCCGUCAUUUUAUUUGCUCAUAAGUCUUGGUUGUUGACAACCUGUGAGAUGAGCACUGUGAUGGAAGCAGAGGUCAGGGUUCAAGGGUCAGAGUCUUCAGAGCAGGGUGGACAUUUUCAUUCUGCUUUCACUUCUUAACUCUUCGUACUGUUUCUGUUUGCGUCUAUAAAGUUUCCAGUCUUUGGCAGCAAUUCAAUUUUUAUUUCAUUUUUUCCUUCAACGAUAAGCUUCCCAGCGCUUUUAGCUGAACGACCAUAAAGUGACACAUGAGAAUGUGCUUGAAUUAUUGCUGUCUUUUACCAUUUCUUUUGCCAGUUUGAAAAAUAUAUUUAUUGAUUUUUUUUCUGUGUAAACUUUCCAAAUGGGCAUUGAUGGAGGCUGUGUCUGUGAACUGAACAAUCCUGCGGCAAAAUUUUACAAACCUUCACUGCCAGAUUGGCAUAGUACUGGGAUUUUGAGGCUUGCAAAUAGGGGGACUGGAGGUAGCACAGUGGAAAAGGCGAAGUGGAGGACUCAUGAGUUGACCCCUGACCUCUGUGGAAAAAAGGAAGCCCUAAAUACUUACCCCUGUGCCCACAACGGUUUAGAGUGAUACAUGUCGAAGCUGCAAUUUUCUUAUGUAACCCUACCUCAGUGAACUUCCCCGCAGCAUGGCACGGCAAAACAGCUUCAAUUGUUUAACAUUUUGGGAAACACACUUAUUCAAUUACAAUUUUUCAGCUAGGUGCAGUAUCUUUUUGUCUUGGCAAUUAAACAAACAAGAUAUGAUGUGUUAAUUUUUAGAGCUGCAGACGUGCGGGUAGGUAACCUACUGACAGACCAGGGCUAAAUGUUUCCCCCCUGUGCUCAGGCUUUAUGCUAAGUUAAGCUUGUCAUAUUCAAAUAUGAAAGAAGUGUCAAACUACUGCUGUUAAUGCAGGGUACUAAAUCAAUUAAAAGAACAGGUAGGUGGCAAUAAAUACAACUCCAAAAAGAUUUUUUCAUGAACAAUAGCACUUGCCGUCUUCCUUCACUAACCCCAUAGCACAGAGUGUUUCGCCCAACUCCAAUCUGAAGCAUAAUGGAAGAGGAAAAACUGACAAACAAACCCCACUGAAACUCACAUUUGCUCAAUUCCCUCUGUAUCUCGGAGUGUGUGUGUGUGCGUUCCAGAGGAUGUUUAUGUUCACACUGCAGAUCCAGAACAUGCCCACUAGAGAGUGCUGUGUAAAAGUGUAAAAAGUUAUGAAUACAGACCACCAACUAACACUCCUGCUAGCAAUAGUCUGUAGUGGAGUGAUAACUUGGGCUAAUGGCACUGUGUGGUUGUGCUUUUUGGUAUAUUUCAGUAUCAAAUUAUCUUAAUUUACAUGUGAAUUAGAUCUGGUCUGGAUGUGUGUCCCAUUAAAGCAGUUUUUUGGUUGUUUUGGUAUAAAACUUAAAUUAAUCUUUGCCCCAUUUUUGGAAGCUUGAUUAUCAAGAAUAAAGAUUUGUGAUUGAC